AUGGCCGAAGUCAACCUCCAGGAAAUCCACGAUCUUUUGAUCGAAAUUGCUCAUGAAGCAGGUCGUAUGAUCAUGUCCGCGACCCCUUCAUACCUGAGCUCUGGGACCAAGAUGAAUACCGCCGACCUCGUAACCGAAACCGACAAAGCAGUCGAAACAAUGGUUUCUACCCGCCUCACCUCCGCCUACCCAACAUACUCUUUCAUUGGUGAAGAGACCUUCGUCAAAGGCGAAACUAAACUUACCUCCGCUCCAACCUUCAUCUGCGAUCCCAUAGAUGGCACAACAAACUUCGUACAUGCCUAUCCCGCCUUCUGUAUCUCUCUUGGUUUUGUCGUCGAUAAAAUACCCAGUGUGGGAGUUAUAUAUAAUCCAUUCACCGGGGAUCUCUUCAGUGGUAUCAAAGGUCACGGCUCAUUCGUAACACGCAAGGAUGGAGAAAAAUUCAGUUUACCGCUUAAGAAAGAACCAGAACCAUUAAAAGAUUUAAGUACUUGUCUCGUGAGUGCAGAAUGGGGCUCUGAUCGCUCAGGACAUAAUUUCGAUCUCAAAUGUGAUGUUUUUAGAAAGUUAUCAGCGGCAAAAGAAGAUGGAGGUUCCAUGGUACAUUCGCUGAGGGGUUUGGGAAGUGCAGCUUUGAAUUUAGUACAUGUGGCUAGUGGACAACAAGAUGUUUUCUGGGAGGGAGGUUGUUGGGCUUGGGAUGUUGCGGCUGGUUGGUGUAUUUUAGUUGAAGCUGGAGGUAUUAUGGUUGGAGGAAAUCCGGGACAAUGGAAUUGUGAGGUUGAUGGGAGGAAGUAUUUGGCAAUUAGAGGAGCACCUAGUGGUCAAAAGGAGAUUGUGGAGGAGUUUUGGAAGGUGAUGGGGGAUAGAAAAUUGAUUUAUGAGAGUUAG